AUGACUGAGAGACUAAAGACGUGCUUUCCUACGCUCAAGCGUUUGAGGAAGGUAGGCGAGCAAGGCAGGAAGAAAAUUCUACAAGAGGCUGACGAUGAACUGUACGAAUGUCUGUGCGACUGCGUGCACAACACCUUAAAUAGCUCGGUUCCUCUGACGAAGCUUCAGUUCAAGAAACUCUCCCGUCACAAGAAGAUAUUACGCAAGCUCGAAAAUAACGUGAGGUACAGGAAUCCUGUAAACAUGACCAAGUGUGGCGUGGUUGAAAGGGUCAAUAGAACUCUUAAGGAGCGAAUGCAUAGAUACUUUACACACAAGGGCACUCAAAAUUACAUAGACGUGUUGCCAGAUCUUGUGAAAGGCUACAACAACACGGUUCACUCGGCCAUUGGACGGAAACCCUCAGAGGUUAACAAAGAAAAUGAAAAAGAAGUGUACAGAUAUUUGUAUGAAGGAGCAAAGGCUUUGGGAGAGGAAGUUCUCAACACAGGUGUAGGGCUACUGAAAGAUAAUCUCCGGGGCAAAAGUCUCAAGGAGAGUGUGCGAGAACGUGUAACGCUGGCAGGCAAUAAUUUGACAAAGAGAGCUGCAGAUAAGCUCGAGACAAUGGUUGGUUCUGGUUUAAAACCAGCAAAGAAACCAGAGCUAUCCCCCCGGGUGAUCAUUGAGGAUGCCACUCUGUACGUUCGAAAAAUAACACUCAACCCCUCAAUUUUGCUCGCUCAUGCCAAAAUCCUGCAACAGAAAACAGCUUUGUACCAUUUUCGACGCACAGAAAUGCUGCAUUAUACCAUUGGUCAAAAUGUAUUUCAAAAGUCGGUGGAAAAUAUGCUGAACGGCCGAGUACCGCAAAGAAUUAUCAUGGGUCUGAUGAAAAAUUCUGCUUUCAAUGGCUCGUACACUCAAAAUGUUUUCAACUUUGAGCAUUUCAAUUUAAAUUAUCUCAACUUAUCCAUCAAUGGGAUGACUGUGGGAGGCAAACCUCUUACACCGAAUUAUGCAACCGGAGAGUACAUGCAGCCAUAUUUGAUGACAUUCUUUGGAACCGGCAUUGGCCUUUCUGACGAUGGACACUGCAUUUCGAGGGAUGAUUUUCCAAACGGGUUCUGUCUUUAUUGUUGGGAUCUCACUCCCGACCUCUCAGCUAGUGAAGCUCACUGGAGUUCAACACAAGAUGGCAAUAUUCGCAUCGAGGUGGGCUUUGCGAAGGAAUUGGAAACGACCGUGAGCAUGAUCGUGUAUGCAGAAUAUAGAGAGACUCUAGAGAUUGACAGAUCCAGGCAGUGCAGCCUGGUAUAUAAGGGGUGA